AGCUGCCAAAGUUAAUUGUCAGAUUGCAACACUAUUCUUCCAUUUACCAAAACUAAUCAAUUUUUGAACAAAAUGCCCGCUGCCGAUUUUGCCAACAAACAGCCCUACGUCAGUUUGAGCAACGGACAGAAAAUUCCUCAAAUAGGACUAGGAACUUGGAAGGCUGGUCCCAACGAAGUCGGCAACGCCGUAAAAGCUGCCAUCGAAGCAGGAUACCGCCAUAUUGAUUGUGCUGCAGUUUACACAAAUGAGCACGAAGUUGGGCAAGCUAUCAAAGAGUGUAUUGACCGCGGCAUCGUCAAACGUGAAGAGUUGUUCAUUGUGACAAAGUUGUGGAAUACCUGCCAUGCGAGGGAUAAAGUGUUUGAAGCGUGCGACAUAAGCUUGCAGCAACUUGGCCUUGAUUAUCUGGACAUGUAUUUGAUGCACUAUCCUGUUCCGAUGGCUUAUACUGGGCCCACCAAACCUGAUCUGAAAGAAUGGAUCCCUUGGGACGACCAAAAGCAACUUGUCAAGCUCGAAAAGUCACCUUUACAUGAGACAUGGGCUGCAAUGGAGGAACUAGUUCAUAAAGGCAAAACCAAAGCGAUCGGCAUUUCAAACUUUACGAUACCAGUCCUCAUUGAUCUGUGGACUUACGCCAAGAUUUUACCGGCGACCAAUCAGGUGGAAUGUCAUCCAUAUUUCCAGCGUCGUGAACUGAGGGAGCUUUGUAAAAAGUUUGGCAUUCCUGUCACUGCUUAUUCUCCGCUGGGCAGUGGCAAGCAAGGGCCUUUACAGGACCCAACGAUCAAAGCCAUCGCCACCAAAUAUAAAAAGACGCCAGCCCAAGUUCUCCUUCGGUGGAACAUUCAACACGGCAACAUUGUUAUCCCAAAAUCCUCCAAAGAGGAGCGUGUCAAGGAGAACAUGAACAUUCUUGACUUUGGUCUCUCACCUGAAGACAUGCAAAAGAUUGACGGAUUGGAUCGAGGCUUUAUGACUUGUGAUACGAGGGAGUACUGGCGUGGAUUUGCUUUUUUCGCCGUGUAAGAGUAAGACUUGGAUUGGAUCAUACUAGUUGUACUAGUUGUAUAGUGUCGCGGCUGCUCCUGCUGGCUGCUGUGCAUCGCACGCCAAGUGGAAAAAAUAUCAAACGCAUCUGCGCUUUUGAAACCGU